AUGCGUUCAGUGGAUGAUAUAAUACCAAUGCUAAUCGAUAUGAAGUAUGACUUUAUGAGUGAAUGGGAUGACAUUCAUUUGGUUCACGACAAAAGAUUAGACACAAAAGCUUUAGACGAUUUGAUAAAAGGUCUGAAAGGAGUGACCGGUCCUGGAGUGGUAGCGACGACUGUAACCACUUAUAGGCUUGAAAUCAAUGACUAUGAGUUUGAGGGAGAAUCACAAGAAUUGUCGCAUAAAAGUGGUUUCAAUACGAGUCAAGUGUUGGAUAUGAUUACAAAUGACAAGUCAAUGAAAUACUUUGUAGUGAUCGGCGGCAGUAAAACAAUUGAGGAGUUUAUAACUGGCGCACAUCAAAGGGCACUCAUACUUGAGCCAAGGAAGUGGAUUGUAAUCAUCGCAGAGCCCAUUCCCGACACUUCCCACUUCUGGAGCCGAAUGAAUCCCAUCUUCAGUGUGACUGAUGUGGCGAUUGUUAAGAGAGAGAUAUCGGUCUAUAGUGCGUGCAGUGAAUUGAAAGAGGGCUGUCAGAUGAGACUGGCCUUUGAAACCCUACGCAAUGCCAUCAGGAAAGUGAUUGAAUUCCCAUUUUAUGACUUCAAUGACACCAAACAAGUGAAGGCACAGACGAAGAACAGAGUGAUCGCUGAAAUGAAACUGGAAUUGGGAAAUGAGAGAUCAAUGUCUCAAUAUUGUGGAAAUUGCGACCGAUUUGUCAUUCAAUCCAUUUAUAAGCAUAGAAUUGGUUCAGAAAAUGAGGAUAAAAACGCUUUCAACGAAGUUGAAGAUAAUCCAGAAUUUAAGGUUUUAGUGGAAAACACUGCUAUUUGGUCACCAUUUAAAGGACUGUUAGAUCAGGGAAAGGUAUUGGGAUAUGAAGAGGGUAAUCUCAAGAACAGAGACCUUGUAGUGGGAAUUGUCAAUCAACCCCCAUUAGUGAACAUAAGGCAACCGUAUGUAAAUGAAUCUGAUAUCAACGGGACCACAUAUCAUAUGGUUAAGAUUUUGGCAACAAAAAUGAAUUUCACGAUUCUAUGGAAUGUGGACUCAACCACUACUUUGGGACGACUAGUGAACAAGGAGAAGAAGGAAUGGACCGGGAUGAUUGGCAAACUACUCAACAAAGAAGUGGAAAUCGCAGCCAAUGGCUAUUGGAGAACAGUUGAUCGCAUGGAUAACGUGGACUUCACGUUCCCAUUUGACAAGGAGGAGAUGUCCAUGAUGAUUCAGAAAACCAGUGAAGAUCAUAAAUACCUGUUCCUCACACCUUUUACAUGGGAUGCCUGGGUCAGUAUAUUGAUAACAGUCAUAGUUAUGGGUCCAUUACUUUGGAUCGUUCACAGAUCGAGUAAAUAUUACGAUUAUUACAAUAUGAGGGACAAUAAA